AUGCAACAUUAUUUGCAUGUUCAUCUUAAGUUGCGGCCGAAACUGCGGACUUGUCACGUCUGCGGCGUCAAGUUUGCGCCGCAUUUGCGCGCUGAACAUUUCGAGAAAGCGCACGGCGUUCCAGCCCCGUCUUGCGGUGCUUGCGGGAAAAAAUUCGCCUAUCCCAACCUAAUGUUGCGUCAUCAAAAGUUAUACCACAUGGGCGAGAAGAAAUACUCCUGUAAUAUUUGUGAUAUGGCAUUCAAAACGCGCAGUGACCUUACGAAGCAUGCAGUCAAACAUUUAGAUGUCAGAACGUUCAAAUGCGAAUUUUGCGACAAAUCGUUCAAAUGGAAACACAGCCUUAAUGUUCAUAUAAGAAUGCAUCUCAACGAUAAACGUCAUGUGUGCGAAGUGUGUCAAGAGGCAUUUGUACAGCAGUCGAGCUUGAAAUACCAUAUUGUAAAGAAACAUCCGGAAAGAGUAUAA